AUGCAUAAUUCCGGUGGCGGCGGUAGCGGCUUGUGCCACCUGGUGGCGAUGCCGUUUCCCGGGAGGGGCCACAUCAACCCCAUGAUGAACCUGUGCAAGAUCCUCGCAUCGAAAAGACCCCAGGAGAUCCUCAUAACAUUCGUGGUCACUGAAGAGUGGUUCGGCUUCAUCGGUGCCGAUCCCAAGCCGGAUGCCAUUCGCCUCGCCACCAUCCCCAACGUCGUCCCUCCCGAGCGCCAGAAAGCUGCCAACUUUCCCGUCUUCUACGAAGCCUGCAUGACCAACAUGGAAGCCCCCUUCGACCGGCUCCUCGAUCGGCUCGAGCCGCCGCCGACCGCGAUCCUCGGCUGCGUUGAGCUACGUUGGCCCAUCGCCCUGGCAAAUCGAAGGAAUAUUCCCUUGGCUGCGUUUUGGACCAUGUCGGCGUCGUUUUACUCCAUGCUACAUCACCUUGAUGUCUUUGCACACCAACGGCGUUUGAUCUUUGAUAAAGAUACUCUGGAUGGAGAAGUAGAGAACAUUCCGGGAAUUUCUUCACCUCAUUUGGCAGACCUUCAAACUGUGCUUCGGGAAAAUGAUCAACGAGUCCUGCAGCUUGCAUUGGAAUGUAUUUCGAAGGUUCCCAAAGCAAAUUAUCUUUUACUCACCACAGUCCAUGAAAUGGAAGCCGAAACAAUUGAAUCCUUAAAAGCUAUAUUUCCCUUUCCAGUCUAUCCUAUUGGCCCUGCUAUACCAUAUUUAGAAUUAGGAGACAACCCUUCAUCCGUGAACAAUGAUCUCAACCAUGACUACGUAAAAUGGCUAGAUUCUCAACCACCUGAAUCAGUUUUGUACAUUUCUUUGGGUAGUUUCCUUUCAGCUUCCAGAGCCCAAAUGGAUCAAAUUGUUGAAGCACUAAACAACAGCAACGUUCGAUACCUUUGGGUGGCUAGAGCGGAUGCUUCUUGGUUGAAAGACAAGUGUGGAGAUAAUGGUAUGGUGGUUCCAUGGUGUGACCAAUUGAAGGUGUUGUCCCAUUCUUCCAUAGGUGGAUUUUGGAGCCAUUGUGGAUGGAAUUCCAUUCUGGAAGCUCUCUUUGCUGGGGCACCAAUGCUCACAUUCCCUCUUUUCUUGGAUCAAGUUCCAAAUAGCAGCCAGAUUGUAGAUGAGUGGAAGAAUGGGUGUAAGGUUGAACUAGAGACAUCAAAGUUGGACAGCGAAGAGAUUGUGGCAAAAGAAAAGAUAGAAAAACUGGUUAGGAGGUUUAUGGAUCUUGAAAGCCAAGAUGGAAAGCAGAUCAGACGCAGAGCAAGGGAAAUAAAGGCUAUGUGUCACAGAGCUAUUGGCACAGGUGGGUCCUCAGAUGGGAACCUUGAUGCAUUUAUUAGAGACAUUUCAAAACUCUGA